AUGUCAUUUAAAUGGCCAUGGCAAUAUGAAUUUCCACCAUUUUUCACCUUACAAACUACCUUAAUAACCCGUGAAAAGCAGUUGGAAGCUUGGAGUCGAUUGGUCGUUGACUAUUGCCAAUUUCAUAAAAUUUAUACAGUGGAUUUGGCAGAUAUAUCAAAUUCAGAAUUAUUCGUUAAUAGCGCCCUCAACCGGAAAUUGCCGCUAGACAGUGUACGAGUAGUGUUCGAUUAUCUCGAGCAUAAAAGACAUAUUGAUUGGUUAGAUAAAAGCAAAAAUCGGUGUCAUAUUUACUGGAGGCGUCCGGAGGAGUGGGCUAUAUUGAUAUACGAGUGGGCAGUAAGUAACAGUUUACUCAACACUCCCUGUACUUUGUACGAAAUAACACAAGGGGACGACGUUAUACAAGAAUCUUUUUACGGUCUGGAUAAAGACGUAUUGUUGAAGUCGUUGGCAAUUCUUGUUGAACAACGUCGUGCUCAAUUAUUAAACAGUGGAACCGGAACAGAAGGCGUAAAAUUUCUACAAAAAAUGAUGAAUGGAACUGAUUGCACAUUGAAAAAAGCAGAGGACAGAAAACUUGCCGUUAUAAACAAUACGGGUUCCGGUUUCUUAAGCGAUAAAGAAAUAAUUGAAGAAGGUGAUACUGUGAUUAUUUAUGUCAAUUACGGGACGUCUUAUGCAGUGGAAGUGAAGCGUGGUCUCAUUCUCACAAUGAGAUACGGUGCUUUGAAACAUGAAUAUCUUAUAGGGAAACGUUAUGGAUCUCGUAUUAGUGCUACAGCGGGUUAUGUUUAUGUAUUACGUCCCAAUGCAGAAAUGUGGACGCGUGCUUUGCUUCGUCGGACACAAAUUAUCUAUACACCUGAUUGCGCACUAAUUUUGAUGCUAUUAGAUGUUAGACCAGGAUCGAUAGUUUGUGAAUGUGGUACGGGAAGUGGCUCGCUUUCGCAUGCAUUAGCAAUGGCUAUUGCGCCCACAGGACACUUGUAUACGCAUGAUAUCGAAGAACCAAGGGUCAAGCAGGUCGAACUUGAGAUGGUGAAGCAUGGAUUAGGGGAAAUUACUACAUGUGUGCAUCAAAAUAUUAUCGAGGAUGGAUUUUCUGUGGAGAAUGUAUGCGAUGCAGUCUUUCUUGAUCUUCCCGCUCCAUGGGUUGCAAUCAAACAUGUAAAGCGUGCGCUGAGCAAAAUACAUGGUGGACGUGUGAUACAGAGAACAUGUAAUGCUCUUCAGUGUGAAGGCUUUGUGCAAAUCAGUACGGUGGAGUUAGUGCCAAGAAAGCUAAAAGUGUGUGACAUAAAUAUGGACACGUUGAAAUCGUUCAAUACACGAAACAUUCCUUUCAAUAAGAAGAGACAUUCGCAAGAUAAUGGAAGCGGAACUGUAGUAUCAAAAAGGCCUAAAUUGGAAGGAGAUGCAGUGAACGUGAGAUCCGAAAUGCAAUGGGUAGCGGAGCAGAAUAACAAUACGAGCUGUACACCAGCACUACUUCCAUUUCCGGCAACUCAACCAACACAUACUGGUUACAUCAUUUCGGCAACUUUGUUACCAUCUGUGUCAUCGUAA